AUCUAGAUCAUUCAGGACAUGUAAGUCGUAAUCGUUUCUUAUCUAUAAAAAAAAUGGGGUUACAUUCGCUCUUUUGAAUCAAAUAUCGGAAGUAAUCAUGGUGUGUAAGCAACUUUAUAUCCUAAUAUGGAAGGUAAUUAGACAUCUCUCUGCCGUUUGCCCAUGAUAACAGGCCAACAUGCCAUGAAAGCCUAACAAACAGAUUGGUCAUGAUUACGGAAGGCCAGCUUCAGAAGCACUAUGUUUUUAGCUCCGAGAAGGUUUCCAAGUUAGAUGAUAACAAUCAAGACGGGGUGAGAGCCACAUUCGCUUUUACAUGCAUAUUGGUCACACUUUUGUGAUUUCCUCCUGUCCCGUUGUGGUUCCUUUUCCCCUUUCCUUCUCUUCCUUCCUUCGGUUUACUCGGUCCCCCCUUUAUUCAUUCAUUCAUACAUUUUCCCUUUGUCUCCUCGCCUCUUUUGUUCUUGUAACCUCUCUAUCCCUCAUGUGAUAUCUCAUCUCCACAAUGGACUACAGCCAAGUGCUAGCUCGCCUUGAUCUAAUGCCCACGGCAAUAUUGGCGUAUUGUCUCUUUCCGGUAUUUGGUCUUUCUGUGAAGCUAGCUUUGCACAGCAAGCAAAUAGUUCAAUCCUAACCUCAUCUCAUACUUCGAUUAUCAUUUCCGCCACAGUUAAACCGAUUUACAACAUCUACUUUCACCCGCUGGCAUCGUAUUCAGGUCCGCUCUACCUCGUUAGCUCCGACAUUCCACUUGCCGUUCUUGCACUUCUUGGCAUAAGUCAAUAUCGACUUAAGAUCGCACACGAAAAAUACGGUGAUAUUGUGCGCAUUGUCCCCGAGACACUCUCGUUUAUCAUGUGUAUGUAUUGCACACCCAGCUGACAUUCAAGUCUCAUGCACACCCAGCUGACAUUCAAGUCUCAUGCACACCUAUCCUAUUGCAUCACAAUGGAAUUUCAACCUUGAGUUUACCUGCGUGAACCAAGAGGCUCUCUUCACCACCGCUUUAGCGACAGAUGUUGCCACGGGUUGUGAGAAUUUCAAACAAGGGAAUUGUCUUUGCCAAAAAAAAUAAAAGCUCAUGUUUGCGUUAGUUCUAGUACUGUUCUUACCAGUGUACAAAGUCUGGAAAUUACAGAUGCCUACGACCCGGAAGAUCUUCAUCAUAGGUAUGUCUCUUCUUAAUGAUUUACUCAGUAUUAUCAACACUACCCGAACCCAUUGAAAUCUACACCAUCCUCGACGAUUUUCCCAGAGCGGAUACAACUUGUGAGUUAUUUUGUAUCAACAACUCCAAUGGUGAUUAAACAUGCAAAACUAACGUAAUAAUCAGGGAUCUAUGCUCCAGUCUUCUACUGGGCCAUUAUUGAAACCAACGUUGGAGUGUUGAGCGCGUGUCUUCCAACGCUCUGUCCUCUUCAGGAACGAUUUCUAGGCAGCCAUCCCUUUAUAAGAUUACGAAAAUCGUUCACAAACUUUCUUUCAUCGUCCAAUGGCAAAAGAAGCAACCUUGCCGGCGAUAUUCGUCUGGGUUCUUUGGAGGAGGAGAUGCAGUUGAAUGGGAAAAACAUCCCUGUUAGGGUCAGGUACACCGUGUAGAUCAGCAUCACAUGUUUUGAAGAUACUGUACUAGUAAGAAAGAUGGUUGUUGUUGUAAAUUCUUUAUUAAUUGAAUUUAUAAGUGAUUUUUAAUAAAUCAAACUACGUGCAAGAUAUCAUUACCGACUUGAAAACAAAAUCUAAUAUUUAACCAUUUCCCAAACUAGUUCUGACUAAUAU